AUCUCAACAUCAUCCAUCGCAAAUCACUUACAAAUAUUCAAAUCCAGCGGCUACGAUUGAAUACUUCAGGGCUCCACGUCAGAUGCACUUCCCACCGACUCUUCUGCUACAUGUAGAUGUUUCAUUAAAGAAUUACAUCCAUGGCUCACUUUACCUCGCCAUUUUGUAAUAUAUGCUGUGUUCAUGGGGUUCUGUGCAAAACCCCACCACCAGUUCGCCGCUUUCAACUCAAACUGGCAAUCUUUUUUGUCUUCAACUUCUCACCAGAUUCUUGCUUCAAUUGGGUACACGAGUUAUGAGGUCUUUUUUUCAAGCUGUCAAACUCUUCCAGUUGGACCCACCUUGUCUCAUAAGCUUCUCUAUCUCUAGCUGCUACCUUUUGCCGUUGCUGAUCACUUGACUAGUGAAGUGAGCUUUUUCGCCUCCGUCUUUAAGUAUUCUCUUUGCUUUCUUUAUUUCCCCCCUUUUCUACAUGAAAUGUAACUCUCUCUUUCUCUCUCUCUCUCUCUCUCUAUAAUUAUUGGUUUCGUGAUGCUUGAUUGUUUCUGUGACUACUAAAAGCUGCAGCUUUUCAUUCCACGAGCAAAAAUUCAGGAUAUAAACACAACUGCUAAAGUUAUAAUGCUCUGGUAAUCUGAAAGAUGGAGUGUGAUAGGCUUAAUAUGAGGGACUAUUGCUCUGGUUCAACAUCAUCAGAGGAAUCAGCAUUGGAUACUGAAAAAAAUGGCUGCAGUCAUCCUAGUCUGUCUUCAUUGAGUCCCCGAAAUCUUCAACCUUUUGCUUCUGCUGGACAGCACUGUGACAGCAAUGCUGCUUACUUCUCCUGGCCUAGCUGGCGGUUAAUUGAUGCUGCUGAGGAGAGGGCAGACUAUUUCGCAAAUUUGCAGAAAGGGGUUCUACCUGAAACUCUUGUUCGGUUGCCAAAGGGGCAACGAGCAACCACAUUGCUUGAACUCAUGACUAUUAGGGCAUUUCAUAGCAAAAUUUUGCGACGUUACAGUCUUGGUACAGCUAUUGGGUUUCGUAUUCAACAAGGUGUGCUGACUGAUAUACCAGCCAUUCUUGUUUUUGUUUCUAGGAAAGUUCAUAAGCAGUGGCUCAGCCCCAUCCAAUGUCUGCCCAAUGCCCUUGAGGGACCAGGAGGUGUAUGGUGCGAUGUUGAUGUGGUUGAGUUCUCAUAUUUUGGUGCAUCUGAGCCAACUCCUAAGGAACAGUUAUACACUGAGAUUGUGGAUGAUAUGCGUGGGGGUGAUUUGUGUAUUGGUUCAGGUUCUCAGGUAGCAAACCAGGAGACUUACGGGACACUGGGUGCUAUUGUUAGAAGUCAGACUGGCAGUAGACAAGUUGGGUUUCUAACAAAUAGGCAUGUUGCAGUUGACUUGGAUUACCCUAAUCAAAAAAUGUUUCAUCCUUUGCCCCCAACACUUGGACCUGGGGUUUAUCUUGGUGCAGUGGAGAGAGCUACUUCAUUUAUCACAGAUGACCUUUGGUAUGGCAUUUUUGCGGGAAUAAACCCUGAGACAUUUGUCAGAGCAGACGGGGCAUUUAUCCCAUUUUCUGAUGAUUUUGAUAUGUCCACUGUUACCACCUCUGUGAAAGGUAUAGGAGAGAUUGGUGAUGUAAAGAUUAUAGAUUUGCAGUCUUCCAUCAGCAGUCUUAUUGGGAAGCAGGUGAUGAAGGUUGGAAGAAGUUCUGGCUUGACCACAGGAACUGUCUUGGCGUAUGCUCUUGAGUACAAUGACGAGAAAGGCAUAUGCUUCUUAACUGAUUUUCUUGUUGUGGGUGAGAACCAACAGACUUUUGACCUUGAAGGAGAUAGUGGAAGCCUCAUCAUAAUGAAAGGUGAGAAUGGUGAGAAGUCACGGCCUAUUGGAAUCAUAUGGGGUGGUACUGCUAAUCGCGGCCGACUUAAGCUGAAAGUUGGACAGCCUCCUGAAAAUUGGACUAGUGGAGUAGAUCUUGGGCGACUUCUCAAUCUUCUUGAGCUUGAUCUCAUCAAUACCAGUCAGGGACUAAAAGUGGCAGUGCAAGAACAAAGAGCUGCUUCAGCAACAGCAAUGUGCUCCACAGUGGGAGACUCCUCACCCCCCAAGGCAGUGCUUCCUGAGGACAAAGUUGAAGACAAAUUUGAGUCAUUAGGUCUUCAAAUUGAGCAUAUCCCUUUGGAAGUAGAACCUAGCAACCAAGAAAUGAACCCACCACUUGUGGAAACUGAGUUUCAUAUGGAAGAUGGGAUCAAGGUGGUUCCUAGCUUUGAACAUCAGUUUAUUCCAAGCUUCGAACAUCAGUUUAUUCCAAGCUUCAUAAGACAGUCCCCACUGCAUAAAAACAGCUUAUCAGAUAAGGCAGUGUCGCAGAACCUCGCUUCUCUGAGGAAUGGCUGUGAUGAAGAUGCGUGUGUUUCAUUGCACUUGGGUGACAAUGAAGCCAAAAGGAGGAGAUCAAAUGCUUCAACUAGUAUUGAAGAACUGAAAUGAGCCAAAUGGUGACUUAAACUUUUGGUGCUGAAUGAUUUUGCAUGUGGAUGCCAUUGAGUUGAAACUUUCAUUGCACAUUGUGUUGUAAUGGGUAAUUGCUGCUCAAGCAAAUGGGCAAUGACCAUACCAAUUUAGGGUUUUCCCUAAUAUGGUGAAACAUGGUUCACUUACAUGUCUAACAUUGCUUUUGCAAAAAGAGGUUAGGAUUCCAGUUAAAUGCUAAACUGUGCUUUUGAUAUCA